CUUCUUGGCCGAAAUUUCCUGCAAACAGGGUGGGAAGAGCAGCGUUCGUCGAGUUGUAAUCUGCCUCGGCUGCGCCAAAGCUCUUCGUGGACGCUACCGACUCUCGCCUCUUCCACAGGCUUCAGGUCGAGACGAAGGUUCCGAAUUUGUCUGCGCAUUAGGUCGAGGUAAGCGCUUCACAGACAAUCCAAGGUACACUUUUGGGUCUGCGGGAGAGGGGUUUCGCAGUGACGUCGAGCAUCGGUUUGACCCCAGCAACCGACCUUGUUGGAGGUGA